GCCGCCGUCUACGUGUUCUCCGAGUUCAACCGGUACCUCUUCAACUGCGGCGAGGGCACCCAGCGGGCCAUGCAGGAGCACAAGCUGAAGAUCUCGCACUUGGACAGCAUCUUCCUCAGCCGCGUGGCCUGGCCCAACGUCGGAGGGCUGCCAGGCAUGAUUCUCACAUUAAAGGCCAUCGGGCUUCAAAGAUGUGUUUUCUUAGGGCCCCCAAAGCUGCAAAGCUACUUGAAAGCCAUUCGGCUAUUUCCUGGACCUUUGAAGAGGAUGGACUUAGCUGUACAGUUGCACACAGAGCCCGAGUAUAAGGAUGAGACUAUGACAGUCCACCAAAUACCUCUAAUAGGAAAGCCACUAGCUGCUGAAACCAUGUUGCCUCGGAGUCCUGGAAUGUCAGCCCAAGGUGGAGAUAGCCCAAAAGAUGGUCCAGGGCCUGGCUCCCCAAAAGAUGGUCCAGGGCCUGGCUCCCCAAAAGCUGCACAACGAAGUCCAAAGGAGGGCAAGGAAAAAGAAACCCCCAGAAAAGCAUGUGACAAAGAGAAGAGUGGUGGCAAGCAUCCUGACAUGGUGAUGGCUUUCCUUUGUAAAAUUCACCCAAAGAAAGGAAAAUUCUUAGUAACUAAAGCACAGGAGCUAGGCCUGCCAGUGGGAACUCCAGCUAUUCAACCCAUAAUCACAGCUCUAAAAAAUGGGGAGAGCAUCACUUUUGAAGGCAGAGAGCUCUUGCCUGAAGAACUAUGUACCCCUACCGAUCCUGGCCCAGUGUUCAUUGUCCUGGAGUGUCCCCACGAGGGCUUUGUGGAUGCUGUCUGUGAAAAUGAAACCUUCCGAAGGUACCAGGAAGGACUUCCUGAAAACCAGGUAGCCUUAGUCAUUCACAUGACUCCAGAGUCAGUGCUUCGGGACAGCCGCUACCAGCAGUGGCUGGAAAGAUUUGGACAUGGAACUCAGCACUUGGUACUCAAUGAAAACUCUGCUGCGGUGCAUAACCCACGUAGCUACAAGAUCCAAACCCAGCUGAACCUUAUCCACCCAGAGAUCUUCCCUCUGCUCACCAGCUACCAGAGCAAGGAAGAGGCUGCUGCCUGUAGUGUGCCUGUUGUCCGAGGAGAAUGCCUCCUGAAGUACCACUUGAGACCCAAGCAGGAGUGGCAGAGGGAUGCUGUGACUGUCUGUGAUCAUGAUGCAUUUGUAAGUGAAGCCCUAGAUCUCCCUGACUUCCAGGAUCGUGUGAAGGAGUGCAAAGAGAGCCUGCCUGCUGUCCCAGAAAAUAUGGAUGCUUAUCCAGAAAUUGUGUUCUUGGGAACAGGUUCUGCAAUUCCAAUGAAAAUCCGAAAUGUCAGUUCCACACUGGUAAAUACUAGCUCUACCCGAUCCGUGCUCUUGGACUGUGGGGAAGGAACCUUUGGACAGCUCUGUCGUCACUAUGGAGAGCAAGUUGACCAAGUGCUGUGUAACUUGGCAGCUGUGUUUGUUUCUCACAUGCAUACUGAUCACCACUCGGGCUUGUUGAACAUCCUGAUGCAGAGGCGAAGAGCUCUUGCAUCGCUUGGUCGGGUAUUUAGCCCUCUGUUUCUGGUAGCACCCGAACAGAUCAUGCCUUGGCUACAUGAGUACCACAACCACUGUGAAGAAAUUCUUGGAGACAUUAAAAUGAUUACUUCUCAGUCUCUCGUGAAGGGCUGUGAGAACAUCACAUCUAAAGCCAAGGUUGUCAGCUCUCUUUUGGAGAGCUAUGACUUGGCUGAGUUUCAGACUUGUGAAGUCCAGCACUGUAAAAAUGCUUUCGCUUGUUCAAUGGUCCACAAAUCUGGCUGGAAAGUAGUCUAUUCUGGAGAUACAAUGCCCUGCAUGGCCUUAGUAAAAAUGGGAAAAGAUGCUACGCUCCUGAUCCAUGAAGCGACACUGGAGGAUGGCAUGGAAAAAGAAGCCAUAGAGAAAACACACAGCACAACCUCUCAGGCAAUUCAAACGGGGAUGAAGAUGAAUGCAGAGUUCAUCAUGCUCAACCACUUCAGUCAGAGAUAUGCCAAGAUCCCACUAUUCAGUGAAGACUUCAGUGAGAAAGUUGGAAUUGCGUUUGAUCAUAUGAGGGUGCGGUUUGGUGACUUUCCAGUCAUCCCAAAGCUGAUCCCACCUCUGAAGGCUUUGUUUGCAGAUGACAUUGUAGAAAUGGAGGAGAGGAAGGAAAAACGGGAGCUGCGCCUUCUGAAGGCGGCCUCUCUGAUCUUGGACAAACUGACUGAUAGUGAGAAUGAAGAGACACCAAGCCAAAAAAGGAAACAUGCCAAGAACCACCAGGAAGUACCAAACAAGAAGCUUAAAACAGUGAACUGAAACGACGUCAGGAAUGCU